GUCGGCUCCUACAGCUCGCACACUGUACCGGUCGUCCAGAGAGGUUGCGUGAGCUUCUGGGGUCACACAGCCCAGAGAGUCGGCCCCGGCCCCCAGGCGCCCGGAAGCGACCCUCCGUAAACAAAGCCGUGUGUAGGCGCAGCCCCAGCCUCCAGGCUCGUAGGCCGGCCCAUGGGGGCGGGGGAGGAAUGUUGUGAAUGAACGUGAGGCCGCCCCGAAACUCCUCACAAGGCCGAGCCGCGGGGUCCCCUCGCUUUGAUUGGCUCAUACCGCUCCGUGAUGGACAGCGCCUCUCCCUGCGGCCUUUUAUUGGAUGGCAUCGAAAAGACUGACGUGACGAGUACCGAGUGAACGGUGGCUUCUAGGAGGCGGGUCUGCAAAGACAGCCAAUGGUGAGGGAGAGGUAGGGCGGCGGGGGCGGGGCUUCGGCUGAGGAGGCAGCGGCCGCGGAGACGGCUUCAUUGUUGUGAAGAGUCUUAAAGGGGCCGCGUCGCCCGGCCGGCCCGGCCGGAUGGAGCCCCCGGCGGCCAAGCGCAGCCGGGGCUGCCCCGCGGGGGACGAGCCUGGGACCGGGGCCCGUCGAGGCCGCCCGGAGCCGCUGCUGGACCUCAGCGCCAAGCGGGUGGCCGAGAGUUGGGCCUUCGAGCAGGUGGAGGAGCGGUUCUCCCGGGUGCCAGAGCCAGUUCAGAAGCGCAUCGUGUUCUGGUCUUUUCCACGAAGUGAGCGAGAGAUCUGUAUGUACUCAUCACUAGGCUACCAGCCCCCAGAAGGCGAGCAGGAUACCCGGGUGCCAUUCACCCGUGGGCUGCACCUGCUGCAGAGUGGGGCUGUGGAUCGAGUGCUACAAGUGGGGUUCCACCUUAGUGGGAACAUCCGAGAAUUGGGGGCCCCAGGAGAGCCAGAGCACCUUUACCACGUCUCCAUCAGCUUUGACCGCUGCAAGAUCACCUCUGUGAGCUGUGGCUGCGACAACCGAGACCUCUUCUACUGCGCCCACGUGGUGGCCCUGUCACUAUACCGCAUCCGUCAUGCGCACCAGGUGGAGCUGCGGCUACCCAUCUCUGAGACUCUGUCACAGAUGAACCGUGAUCAGCUUCAGAAGUUUGUACAGUAUCUCAUCAGUGCACACCACACUGAGGUGCUACCCACUGCCCAGCGCCUUGCUGAUGAGAUCCUCCUGCUGGGCUCUGAGAUCAACCUGGUCCAUGGUGCUCCAGAUCCCACGGCGGGUGCAGGCACAGAAGAUGCCAACUGCUGGCAUCUAGAUGAGGAGCAGAUCCAGGAGCAGGUGAAGCAGCUGCUUUCCAAUGGUGGCCACUAUGGGGCCAGCCAGCAGCUGCGCUCCAUGUUCAGCAAGGUGCGGGAGAUGCUGCGGGCACGAGACUCUAAUGGGGCACGCAUGCUAAUCCUCAUGACCGAGCAGUUCCUGCAGGACCCUCGUCUGGCCCUGUGGCGGCAACAGGGCGCUGGCAUGACAGACCAGUGCCGGCAGCUGUGGGAUGAGCUAGGGGCUUUGUGGGUCUGUGUCAUUCUGAGCCCCCACUGCAAACCAGACGAGCGGUCAGGCUGGCUGCAGCUGCUUGGCACAUGGGACAAGCUAGAUGUGUGCCCACUGGAAGAGGGCAACUACUCCUUCGACAUCCCUGCCCUACAGCCUACUGUGACCUCCAGGACAGGCUCAGAGGAUGAAGAGGAGGAGGUGACAACCACCAGUCUCCGACGUACAGUGUUCAGCCGAGCAUUGCAGGCUGGGGAGUUGCACUGGAAUGACAGCCACCUGCAGAGGAUCCUGGCCAGUGAUUCCUGUGGCCCGAGUCUCACUGGCAAUAUGGGAGGUGACAAGCCAACCUUUGACCCUCAGGGCCACCCCAUCUGGCUGGGUGAGCCUUUGCCUACUGCCUGUGCACGGGUGGAUACUUUGCGUGCCCAUGGUUAUCCCCACAAGGCUCUGCGGCUAGCAUGUGCCAUAAUCAACACUCUGCGGCUGCAGCGGCGACACCAGCUUGAGAACUACAAGCAGCAGAAGAAAGAACUGCUCCAGAAAGGUGCUACCUGCCUCACAAGCACUGAAGGCUGGGUGGGCCAUCCCCUGGAUCCCAUUGGCUGCCUCUGCAGGGCCCUGCUGGAGGCCUGUCGACUGGAGGAGGAGCCUCACUCUCUUUACCCAGACUUGGCCACAGAGAAGCGGAAGCUGGCCUACCAGCAUGUGCCAGUGCCAGGGAGCCCUGGGGAGUCCUACCUGGCACUGGCGCUGGAAGUUGCACUGCUGGGGCUAGGGCAGCAGCGGGCCCUGCCGGAGGGGCUGUAUGCCCAGGACAAAGUGGUACGCAGUGAAGAGCAGCUGCUGGCUCUGCUGGAGGAGGUGGAGCUGGACGAGCGGCUGGUCCAAGUGCUGCGCAAGCAGGCUGGGCUGCUGUUGGAAGGAGGCCCUUUCAGUGGCUUCGGAGAAGUGAUUUUCCGGGAGAGCGUACCCAUGCACACCUGUGCCCGAUACUUGUUCGCUGCGCUGCUGCCCCACGACCCAGAUCUGGCCUUUCGCCUGGCGCUCCGAGCCAUGAGGCUGCCUGUGCUGGAGACAACAUUCCCAGCUGGAGAAGCUCACCCUAACCCGCUGGACUCCAUCAUGAGCAACCGCUUUCCCCGUUGGUUCAUCCUCGGCCACCUGGAGACCCGCCAGUGUGAACUGGCCUCCACCAUGCUGACCGCUGCCAAGGGAGAUACCAAAUGGCUGCAUGCAGUCCUGGGUUCCGUCCAGCAAAACAUCCACUCCCCGGCCCUGCUCUUCAAGUUGGCACAAGAUGCCUGCAAGACAGCCACACCAGCCAGCGCACCACCAGACACCAUGCUGCUGGGCAUUGCACUGGAGCUUGGCCUGCAGGUGAUGCGGAUGACACUGAACACAAUGACUUGGCGGCGCAGAGAGAUGGUUCGCUGGCUGGUUAGCUGUGCCACAGAGAUUGGCCCACCAGCGCUGAUGAGCAUCAUGAAGAACUGGUACUCCUUGUUCACCCCAGUGGAGGCAGUCACUAUCGUGGCAGUGACGGGCACCACGCACACCACUUUGCUGCGACUGCAGCUAGACACUGCCGGGCGAGAGGAGCUCUGGGCCUGUGCCCGCACCUUGGCACUGCAGUGCGCCAUGAAGGACCCCCAGAACUGCGCUUUGCCAGCCCUGACCCUGUGUGAAAAGAAUCACGCAGCCUUCGAGGCUGCCUACCAGAUUGUGCUGGAUGCCGCAGCUGGUGGCCUCGGCCACGCCCAUCUGUUCACCGUGGCGCGAUACAUGGAACACCGAGGCCUACCUUUGCGGGCCUACAAGCUGGCCACACUAGCCUUGGCGCAGCUCAGCAUCGCCUUCAACCAGGACAGCCACCCCGCGGUCAACGAUGUGCUGUGGGCCUGCUCACUCAGCCACUCGUUGGGACGGCAUGAGUUGUCAGCCAUUGUCCCUCUUAUCAUCCGCAGCAUCCAUUGUGCACCUAUGCUCUCAGACAUCCUACGCCGCUGGACGCUCUCAGCGCCCGGUCUGGGCCCACUGGGGGCUCGCAGGGCUACCAAGCCACUUGGGACUGACAGGGCACCACUUUGCCAGCUCCUGGAUGCUGCGGUAGCUGCCUACAUAACCACCAGCCACUCACGCCUCACUCACAUCAGCCCACGUCACUACGGUGACUUCAUUGAGUUCCUGGGCAAAGCCCGAGAGACCUUCCUUCUGGCACCAGACGGGCACCUCCAGUUCGCACAGUUCUUAGAGAACCUUAAACAGACCUACAAGGGGAAAAAGAAGCUGAUGCUAUUGGUUCGAGAGCGGUUUGGCUGAGGGACUGCAGAUUACUGGGAGCAUGGGUAUGCCCUGGCCUGCCUUCCCGAAGCAGGAGGCCCGUGGCUACUUAAGGGUCAAGUCUCGGAAUGUGGGAGGCAGGAGUGAUGCCAUUCCAAGUGUGUGCCUAGGAGUAUGCAGACAAAUGGGAGAUCUGAGGAUCUGAAGCCAUACUGCUAACUAGAGGCCUGCAGGGGGCGUGCCUGGGCACCCCACAAGCAAGAGGCAAGGCUCUGGCUCUCCCAAACUCACAGGGUUAGCUAGGGCUUCCAGGAGAAGGGCUGGAGUCAGAACUUUCCAGAAAUUAGUUCUUGAAUUCAGUGUAGCAGAUCCUCCAGAGCCCACCCAGGGGCCUGGGGACUUCACAUCAGGGUAGUUCAAUCCCUUGUGUUUCUUUCCUCUCGUACAGCUCAGGGGUCCUGUCCCACUGCCCUGCGCUCCCAGCCCACGCUGCCAGCACAAAUCAAUGCCUCACCCCACUGAAGGAUAUCAAGAGGCUUUGGGCCUCUGCCACAUACCUCACCCCCAAACACCCUGUCCAGCCAGGACCUGUCUUGUCUUGGGCACCAAGGUCACAGGGUAGGAUGGGGACAGCUCUCUGCUGCCCGGACCCCACCACUAGUAACUGGAUACACAACUCAGGAACCAGGCUGCCCUCCAACCUGUUGUGGGAGGUCCAGGCAGACAGCCAGGGACUCUCCCCUGUCUUCCUUUCGCUCUACACGGCUGUCUCUGUUUCCCCACUUCCUUUAGUUCAGCCAUUUCUGCAUCUCUCUCAAGUCCCAGCUGCUGACAGAGGCUCCCCUGUAUCCCAGGCCUUGGCCCAGGGAAGAAGAGAAGGGAGAGCCUCCACCCCAGAAGAACCUGUUUCUCUUGUAUAUUAAGGAAAAAGUUGGCAUCAUUUUGUAACUUUUUUUUCCUAUUUAUUGAAUUCCAUGCUGUAUUCCUUUCCUUUUUUAAAAAAAAAAAAAAAAUUCAAUUUUG